CGGCAGUGCUGCUCUCGAUAAUCACGCACGCGGUCUCUAAAACAACUAUUGACGAGCACCGAACAGUCACCGUCUCUGUUCGCUUCGAUCUAGUUAAGGAAUAAUCCUUUUUUAUUCAUCUAUAUGUUGACAAAAAAAUCAUGAAAGUCGAAGGCUGGAUACGAUGUAACAAGUGUUACAAGCGCUUUAGGGAUUCGACUCAAACUUUUACGGUGACUCAAUGUAAGCAUGUAUUCUGCGAAUGCUGCGUCUCUCUGGCAGCAGGUGUCACUAACUGUCAGGAGUGCGCAACCGUCGAUGUACAAACAAUGAUAUUGGAACGACCUUUGAAACGCACGCCACUAGCUCCAUUCUGUCGGUUUCUAACCGAAAUCCUCGAAGAAGCGGAAUGGGCCGCCGAAUUUCAACGUUCCCAGGCGUUGAUCGCUCUCCGUCGUUAUGAUGAAAUUGAAAAGAAGUACAAACGCUUGAAGGAAAUGUACAUUCAAAGUGAGAAAGAGAGAAAAAUGUGGGGACAACACAGAACCAAAAGACACGACCAACUCGACUCUAUCAUACGUGAACUUGGUCGUGAAAUGUAUCAUUAUCACAUGUACAAGUCCAAACGCCUAGAGAAUCGCUCUACCGACGAGUUUGCGUCGCAUGAAAUGGAACAAGAUACGAUUUCCCGGAGAACAAAUAAUGAACGGAACCGUCCUUUACAGAGUUUACCAGUUUUGGGAGAUCAACGCUCAAAUCGUUAUCACCAUGGAAGUAUCUGCCCUUUCACCCCUUUCACAUAUUCCCCCAGGGUAGUUAUCUCAGGUGGCUCUUCAAAGACAUCCAAUUCUUGAAAUACUUUCGGUUUAGGGCGGGUUGUUCCAACUUCUAGGUAGCUUAUUUGGCAGGUAAAAGCAUUACUUUGUAGAUCUUUAACUGUCAGAUAGGCUUACCUAGAAGUUGGAACAACCCACCCUUAGUCGUAUAUUCAUGUUUAUACUGGUUUCAUCGGUUUACAACUAUGAUAAACAGAAUUCAAAAAUAAUAAUGUUAAGGAUGACUUUCAAAAAGUUAUUGUAAAAUGUAAGUUAAUUGUCAUUUUUCAAUAAAAUUUCUUGAAUUUGAAA